CUUCCAGAACCACCGCUGAGAUUCUUCCUCAGGACUUUUGCUCGGCUCUGAUUGGAGGACAGAGGCGCGUUCCCGGCAGGAAUGCCGCGCUCAGGUGGAGGAGAAGGUCACACAAACAGCAGUCCGCGCCAUCGCGCUCCUCACACGCACUUCUGCCGCCCGGACGCGCACGGCCCCACGGGCGGAGGCGGGACGGGAGUCUGGGUUCGGCUGUGGACCGAGCCCCGCAGUGGGGUUGGAGAGGCUGAGGAUGGAGCAGCCGCGCGGCUGGGAGGCGCAGAAAACUUCAGGUGGUGGGGGGGGAGGUCAUGGGUGGUACUGGCACUGAAGUCCACGCGCCGGCUCUGUUCGUCGGAACCACUCCGUUCCACAGAUUGGAGCAGCCUGAUCCAGGAAGCAGCAUGUCCUGCGCGCAGAGCAGCACUACUCUGCAUCAAACUCCACGAUGGAAAAGUAGCUGAUGUACCAGGACCACGUCCUCUGAACAUAACCUGUACAGACUUCAGCUGUGAGGACUUCUCCUGCACCGCUGUGGUCCUCUUCCUCUGGAGAGUCAGGAAAGAGGCCUAGGAAUUCCCACUAUCACCGCCUGGAAGAAAGAUCCCAAGUGAUGACAGUCUCUGCACGCAUCAGAAAGUCCGUUCUGUGCUGGGUUCUGACCUUGGUCCUGUUGCUGGUCGCUCCGAGCUGCUUCUCCAGCCUGCAGAACGCGUCUCUGGUGGCGUCAUGGCAUCUGUCUGCAGAGACGUUGUUGGGGCGUCCUUUGCGAGCGCGACGGCAGCUCCACCUCAGAAACGAGUGGUUGCCAUGGAGCGGGUGGUCUGUGUGCUCUCGCACCUGUGGAGGAGGAGCCUCUGUGCGAACACGCACCUGCGUCACCAGGAAUGCAGUCGGGAGACCGUGUGCUGGAGAGCCCAGACAAUACAAGACCUGCAACACCAAGGAAUGUCCUCCUGGGUCCCAGGACUUCAGGGAGAUGCAGUGUGCUGUCUUCAACCAAAGACCAAUGGUGGCAGGACACUCUUUCAAAUGGACGACUUUUCAUGGAGGCUCAAACCCCUGUGAGCUCAGCUGCCUGGCUCUGGGACACAACUUCUACUACAACUUUGGCCAUGUGCUUGAUGGGACGCCGUGCAGCCAGGAACCAGGAGCCAUGUGUGUGAGCGGACGCUGUCUGAAGCCGGGCUGCGACUCCAUCCUGGGUUCAGGUCAGGAGGAGGAUGCCUGCAUGGUGUGUGGGGGCCAUAACAGCACCUGCCUGCAGCACCGCAGCGUUUACAGGAGCAGCAGGCUGGAGGCCGGUGGCCCGUUCGGGUACAGCCAGGUGGCCAUGAUUCCAGCCGGAGCCACGCACAUCCGGGUCACCGACAACAGCAGGAACUACUUGGCUUUACAGAACAAACACUCCCAGUUUGUGAUCAAUGGGAACUGGAAGAUCAGCGUUCCUGGUGAGUACAACAUAGCCGGAACCAAGCUGCUCUACAAGCGCUCAGCAGACACCUGGGAGAGUUUUGAAGUUCCAGGACCCACCCAGGAGGACCUGCAUCUGAUGGUUCUUGCCAUGGACAGAAAUUCAGGGAUUGAGUAUGAAUACUGGCUUCCACCAGACCUCUAUGCCCUCUUCCAUGGGGGGAGGAGCUCGUUACGCCAGGCUCUCCACACUACCAGCUUCUUUCAAAGGAGUCAGCCUUCCACUACAACCAGUGCCUCUGCCACCAGCAGGCCUCUGCUGAGCACAGGCCGACCUCAACCAAUUUUGAAGAACGUGAAGCGCCCCCUCGGCCGCCCCCACCAGCCCAUCGCUCGACUGGAGCGAGAGGAAAGCCUGAGGAAUGUUCCUUUGCUGCCGUCACCUGGAAGGCGCUGUGGGAAGUGUUUGCGAGUCCGAGGCCGGAGGGAGCGCAGCAGACAGUACUGCCAGAAGGACUUUGUGUUUCGUGGAAAAGUCCUUGAGAGGGUGCAGAGCGGAGAGGAGACCCGCUACGACGUCCAGAUCAUCCACACCUACAGGAACCGCUACCGCCUGGAGCACCGGGAGUUUCUCUGGGUCCCAAACGUGUGUGAUUGCCCUCACCUGGAGAGGGGGAGGCAGUACGUCUUCAUGGCACGGCGCCACAUUAACUAUGAGCGUACGCUCAACCGCAUCCUGCUGGAGGAGGACAGCUAUGUGGUGCCGUACCGAGCCAGGGAGGAUGAGCUCUUGUGGACCCUCGAGGGGCUGUGCAGCAACAGAAGACCCCUGCAGCUUUGAGAGGAGGGGCGAGGGGCGUGUCAGUAACAGAAGGGCUCUUUCUCUCACCUGAUGGACCUUCAUGCCACGAGGUUCUGGAGAUUUCUGAGGACAUGAAACUGUCGAAUAACCAAAAGUCUGACCAAGAACCGGCAGAAACGGAAAGAGACCACUUUAUGGAAGCUCAGGUUCACCUGAAGAAGAAGAACAUGUGUCCUGUUCCUCCAGAGUUUGUAUGUGUGUGUGUGUAUUUGUAUCACUGUGUGGUCAAGAAAUAUACCAAAAGUGAUCUAAGUCA